AUGGGGACCAGCUCUCCCUUGUGCAGGGUUGCUCUAAUUGCAAACUGUCUGGAUGAGAUCCCACCCGUGCAUUGUAAAACCACUGCAAAGCGUAAUUGGGAUUUCACACUCCUACCUCCGGGGAUGCUAAGGAGAACGACGUGGAACAGGAGUGCUCCUCCUGGCCUCAGUAAACACAAGAUGGCUGCCUCGGGUGGCAGGCGCUGGCGGGGCAAGGCUGACCCUUUUGGUGGGGCAGCUACCUCCUUGGUGAGCCAACUGUCUGACCAGCAGAAGAUGAGCGAGUCACCUCUCAGCCGGUUCAGAGGGGUGUAUUUACCUCCUGCACUGCACCCUUUAAACAAGACAUUAGUCAAGGGUGGCAAGUGGAAGGAUGUGGAUAGCGCCCAAGAAAAGCGCAGGUCCUUCCUGCAUGACUUCUGUAAGAAAUACAACAGCAGAAAGAAGCUGCGAACCCACCUCGUGCAGCUGGUGUCAAGAAUUUACGUGGAGGACAGGCACAAGGUCCUGUAUUGCGAAGUGCCGAAAGCAGGAUGCUCCAAUUGGAAGAGGGUCCUCAUGGUGCUCAAUGGACUCGCCGCUUCAGCACACAACAUCUCCCACGAUGAUGUGCACUAUGGAAAGCAUCUAAGGAAACUGGACAGUUAUGACCUAAAAGGGAUAUACACACGCUUGAACACAUACGCUAAGACUAUAUUUGUACGUGAUCCUAUGGAAAGACUGGUAUCUGCCUUCAGGGAUAAGUUUGAACAUCCAAACAGCUAUUACCAUCCAGUAUUUGGGAAGGCAAUAAUUAAGAAGUAUAGACAUAAUGCAACUGAAGAGGCAUUGAAAACAGGAUCGGGAGUUAAGUUCAAGGAGUUUAUCCAGUACUUGUUAGAUUCCCAUCGCCCAGUAGGAAUGGACAUUCACUGGGAACAAGUCAACAAGCUCUGCUAUCCCUGCCUCAUCAACUAUGAUUUUAUAGGAAAGUUUGAAACCCUGGAAGAAGACGCAAAUUACUUUUUGCAGCUUGUAGGUGCUCCAGCCGAGCUGAAGUUUCCUAAAUUCAAAGACAGACAUUCCUCCGAUGAGAGAACAAGUGCAGAAGUAGUGAGGCAAUACUUAAAGGAAUUGUCUAAGGAGCAGAGACAGCUGACCUAUGACUUCUAUUACUUGGAUUACUUAAUGUUCAAUUAUACAUCACCAAUUGUAUAG